CAGCUCCGCACUAACUGCCACUACAUGAAAGCUCACGCCUCCGGUACAGAGAUGUAGCAAACCGAUUUCUUCAGUUCGCCAUGGAAACACGGUGAUUGAACCAGUAGCACUAGGAGUCAUGUCACACCGUGAUAUGUUUUACGGAUGCAGACUGGUCGCUGUGCUUCUCAUUUGUCUCGCUCAAAGCAGUCUGGCCAUUCUCCUCUGACCUCUGACAUGACUUGCUGACUGGAUAAACAGUUAAACAGGUGCACCUAAUGAAGUGGCCAUUGAGUACGUCUUUGCUGGAGACAAACACACAGGGCCUGAUCAUGCAGCAGAGCGCAGGAAACACUCUGUCGAGCUGGAGGACGUAGUGAUAGUGAUCCAGAGCCAGAGGAACUCCUACCAUGCCCGUCGCAGUGGUCAAAGGAAAGUGGAGAUUCUGCAGCAGGCAGCCCGACUUGGGCAGGAUGAUUCAGCUCUUAUGUGCCAUGCAGGGAGUUCCAGUGAUUGUUCUUCUCCAUGAGCUGUCACAGUAUGAAGGGGACUGGAGUAUCCUCCCUGCACUUCCUCGGCUCUUUGUCAAAUGUGGACAUUCAGCUUCCUGGUUGUUCUUCAUAGAGGAGGAAACCAAAGUCACACUGUCUGCUCUGCUGGAGGUCCUCAACAGAUAUCCAGCUCAAGAGGAGUGGUUUUUGGGUAAGCGUCUCCAUGACAACGAGGCCUCCAUCAUUCACCACUAUGCCUUCUCUGAGGACCCCAGUUCCUUCAGUUACCCUGACACCACAGCAGGCUGGGCUCUCAGUGCGCCGCUGCUCAAGAGGCUCACAGAGCGGAUACGGUCUGAGAAUCUCAAGUCAGAUUUUACAAUCGACCUGAAGCAUGAGAUUGCUUUGUUUAUUUGGGAGGAAGGACAUGGCCCAAAGCUGACAGCAGUUCCAGAGUUUUGCACACAGCCGAGAGACGGCUGUGCUACCACGUUUACAACCUACUUGCCCGACUGCGGGCAUCCAGUGUCGAAGAAUGAUGUAUUUGUUGCUGUGAAAACUUGCCAAAAGUUCCACUCAGAUCGAGUACCAGUGGUGAAGGCGACCUGGGAGAAAGAGUCUGGGUUUUUAGAGUAUUAUAGCGAUGUUACUGAUGCCUCCAUACCAACAGUCAGUUUGGGAGUGUCCAAUACUGAGAGGGGACACUGUGGGAAGACGUUUGCAAUCUUGAGGCGGUUUUUAGGCAAAGCUGUGCCGAAAGCCGAUUGGCUGCUCAUCGUUGAUGAUGAUACUCUCAUCAGUUUACCCCGGUUGAGACAAUUGCUGCGUUGCUAUGACCCAAAGGAAGCAGUGAGCCUGGGGGAAAGAUAUGGCUAUGGCUUGAUCCAGAAGGGAUACAGCUACACCACCGGAGGAGGAGGGAUGGUGCUCAGCAGGACGGCGGUGUCCAGGCUGCUUUCCAGUAGUUGUGGUUGCUACAGCGAUGAUGCUCCUGAUGACAUGGUGCUGGGCAGGUGCUUCACUACGCUCGGUGUUCCCAUUACACACAGUCCACUAUUCCACCAGGCCCGACCAGAUGACUACUCCGAGGAAAUGAUCUCUACGCAGCACGCCAUCUCCUUCCACAAGCACUGGAAUGUAGAUCCCGUGGCUGUCUACAGAUACUGGCUGCAGGACACGCGACCACGAGAUGAACUGUAGAAACUGUGUUUAUGCAUUUCAACUCUGGCAACAAGAGCUCGAAAUGUACGAAAGUGGUGGUGAUACAGCUUCAACUCCUGGAUCAAAGCAUGAAAUUCUCCCUGCUGCUGCCUUCUUGUAAGACGUGGAUUGAACCAAAUUCUUAGUCUCUUCCUUUUCUUUAGAUAAGGGUCGGCUCAUCAUUGCUUGAUGUUGACUUCUGUUUUUCACUGUACGUUUUUUUUUGUAGGACAAAUUUUCAGCAAAAACGCAACGCAUUCGACAUGCUAUAUACAUUACGCGACACGUUUGAAUCUGGACAUUUAACCAUUGUUUAUUUGCAACACACUCUGUGAGUAAUGGACUUCAGACUAAAAGUUUGAUGAAUGCACUUUGUGAUGAUGGUAAAGUGUGGAGGAAUUUGCCCAACAUGUGAUAUUUUGCAGAAUUAGGAUCCAGAGUCGGACAAAGUAAACAAACAAAAUAUUAAUAGGUCACAAGCAGUGUUGGUCAAGUUACUUAAAAAUAGUAAUUAGUUGAAAAAAAAACUUCUCCAAGAAUGUAAUCCUGUUACUUUACUGAUUACUUAUUUUCAAAAGUAAUGAGUUACUUUAUUAUUUAGUUACUUUAAAAAAAACAAAAGGUAAUAAAGCACUAGACCUUUCUGCCCAAUUCUAUUUAUUUCUGCAUAAUCCAUCAUAUAAAAUGUAAUCAAAUGAAAAAGUCUGUUUUUAAAACUUUUUAUUAGUUUUAAUCUUUUGACUUUAUGCACAUUGCAU